UGCUCGCACUGCUGCUGCAGCACAAACGUGACUUCCAACAUUUUUUAUUUAUCUUUCCCUUUUCUUUUCCAAGAUGUAACUGCAGAUCAGACACUAAGGACCUUCACGUUUCGCUGAUGUAGUUUUUGGAGGAAAAAAGGGGGGAGUGAAGGGCGUCGGUUUUUUGUGUGUGUGUUUCGGGGGAAAUUUUCCAUUAUGAGUGUUUUACUAAAGUGAAUUUUUUUUUUUGUUUGCUUCGUUCGUCUUUGGCUGUUUUUUUUUUUUUUUUCCUUCCCAAUUUCGGAUUUAUUUCAAGGCGAAUCGGGCUUUGGGGGAAGAGGAAGAAAAGUCGGAUUACAAGAUCAACCACCACCAACAACAAUAAAAACCACCAGGAUAUUUUUUUGCAAAUUUCUGACGGCUUUAAAUUCAUGAAGCAAUUGUCCCCUUUUGCAAUCAGCAUUUGGAUCUCAGAAUGAGCAAGGAAAGACCCAAGAGGAAUAUCAUUCAGAAGAAAUACGAUGACAGUGAUGGGAUUCCAUGGUCAGAAGAACGGGUGGUACGUAAAGUCCUUUACUUGUCUCUGAAGGAGUUCAAGAAUGCCCAGAAGAGGCAGCAUGGGGAAGGCCUCGCUGGGAGCCUGAAAGCAGUGAAUGGGCUCCUUGGUAAUGGCCAGUCUAAGGGAUUAGGACCAGCGUCAGAACAGUCAGAGAAUGAGAAGGACGAUGCAUCCCAAGUGUCCUCUACUAGCAACGAUGUUAGUUCUUCAGAUUUUGAAGAAGGGCCGUCGAGGAAAAGGCCCAGGCUGCAAGCACAAAGGAAGUUUGCUCAAUCUCAGCCGAACAGUCCCAGCACAACUCCAGUAAAGAUAGUGGAACCAUUGCUACCCCCUCCAGCUACUCAGAUUUCUGACCUCUCUAAAAGGAAGCCCAAGACAGAAGAUUUUCUUACCUUUCUCUGUCUUCGAGGUUCCCCUGCGCUGCCCAACAGCAUGGUAUAUUUUGGAAGCUCUCAGGAUGAGGAGGACGUUGAGGAGGAGGAAGAUGAGACAGAAGACGUCAAAACAGCUACCAACAAUGCUUCAUCUUCAUGCCAGUCAACCCCCAGGAAAGGAAAAACCCACAAGCAUGUUCACAACGGGCAUGUUUUCAAUGGUUCCAGCAGGUCAACACGGGAGAAAGAACCUGUUCAAAAACACAAAAGCAAAGAGGCCACUCCCGGGAAGGAGAAGCACAGUGACCAGCGGGCUGAGGGCCGGAGAGAGCAGGCUCCAGCGAACCACCCCCCAGCGACCCCCCCCACGGGCUCCUCUGCCAAGGGGCCCGCUGCUAACCAUCACCACCCCCCUCUGCAUCGGUCGGCUCAGGACUUACGGAAACAGGUUUCUAAGGUAAAUGGAGUCACUCGAAUGUCAUCUCUGGGUGCAAGUGCAACCAGUGCCAAAAAGAUGCGCGAAGUCAGACCUUCACCGUCCAAAACUGUGAAGUACACUGCAACGGUGACUAAGGGGACUGUCACAUACACCAAAGCCAAGAGAGAACUGGUCAAGGAAACCAAACCCAAUCACCACAAGCCCAGUUCAGCUGUCAACCACACAAUCUCAGGGAAAACUGAAAGUAGCAAUGCAAAAACCCGCAAACAGGUGCUAUCCCUCGGGGGGGCGUCCAGGUCCACCGGGCCCGCCGUCAAUGGCCUCAAGGUCAGUGGCAGGUUGAACCCAAAGUCAUGCACUAAGGAGGUGGGGGGGCGGCAGCUGAGGGAGGGGCUGCGGAAUUCCAAGAGGAGACUGGAAGAGGCACACCCGGCAGAGAAGCCGCAGUCACCCCCUAAGAAGGUGAAGGGGGCGGCCGGCCCUGCCGAAGCCCCCGGCAGGAAGGCAGCGGCCCCGGCCCCGGCCCCGGCCCCGGCCCCGGCCCCGGCCCCGGCCCUGGCGGAGAAAACGCCACUGAAUGGACACGUGAAGAAGGACAUGCCCGAGCGGAGCUCAGAAAGGAGCCGGCCGAAGCGGGCCACGGCCGGGAAGAGCACGCCGGGCGGACAAGCACACGGCAAGGCGGACGGCGCCUCCUGUGGAAAUCGUUCUACCUCGCAAGCGGAGCCCUCGCACAAGCCGCAGGACGCGGCGGCCAAGCCCGAGAAGGGGAGCGGCCGGGCCGGGUGGGCGGCCAUGGACGAGAUCCCUGUGCUCAGGCCGUCGGCCAAGGAGUUCCACGACCCACUGGUCUACAUCGAGUCGGUGCGCGCGCAGGUGGAGAAGUGCGGCAUGUGCAGGGUGAUCCCCCCGCCAGACUGGCGGCCCGAGUGCAAGCUCAACGACGAGAUGCGCUUCGUCACGCAGAUCCAGCACGUCCACAAGCUGGGCCGGCGCUGGGGCCCCAACGUGCAGCGGCUGGCCUGCAUCAAGAAGCACCUCAGAUCUCAGGGCAUCACCAUGGACGAGCUCCCGCUCAUAGGAGGCUGUGAGCUCGACCUGGCCUGCUUUUUCCGGCUGAUUAAUGAGAUGGGUGGCAUGCAGCAAGUGACUGACCUCAAAAAAUGGAACAAACUAGCAGACAUGCUGCGUAUCCCCAAAACUGCCCAGGACCGGCUGGCCAAGCUCCAGGAGGCCUACUGCCAGUACCUGCUCUCCUAUGACUCCCUGUCCCCCGAGGAGCACCGGCGGCUGGAGAAGGAGGUGCUGAUGGAGAAAGAGAUCCUGGAGAAGCGGAAGGGACCCCUGGAGGGCCACACGGAGCAUGACUACAACAAGUUCCACCCCCUGCCCCGCUUCGAGCCCAAGAACGGGCUCAUCAACGGCAUGGCCCACAGGAACGGCUUCCGCAGCAAGCUCAAAGAGGUGGGCCAGGCCCAGCUCAAGACGGGCCGGCGGCGACUCUUUGCUCAGGAAAAAGAGGUGGUGAAAGAGGAGGAGGAGGAGAAGGGCGUCCUCAGCGACUUCCACAAGUGUAUAUAUAAGGGAAGGUCUGUUUCUUUAACAACAUUUUAUCGAACAGCAAGAAAUAUCAUGAACAUGUGCUUCAGCAAGGAGCCGGCGCCAGCUGAAAUCGAGCAAGAGUACUGGCGGCUCGUGGAGGAGAAGGACUGCCACGUGGCCGUGCACUGCGGCAAGGUGGACACCAACACCCACGGCAGCGGCUUCCCCGUGGGAAAGUCAGAACCGUUUUCGAGGCAUGGAUGGAACCUCACCGUCCUCCCCAAUAACACAGGGUCCAUCCUGCGUCACCUCGGUGCUGUGCCUGGAGUGACUAUCCCCUGGCUAAAUAUCGGCAUGGUCUUUUCUACCUCAUGCUGGUCUCGAGACCAAAACCACCUUCCCUACAUCGACUACUUACACACUGGUGCUGACUGCAUUUGGUAUUGCAUUCCUGCUGAGGAGGAGAAUAAGCUGGAGGACGUGGUCCACACUCUGCUGCAGGCCAACGGGACCCCGGGGCUGCAGAUGCUGGAAAGCAACGUGAUGAUCUCCCCGGAGGUGCUGUGCAAGGAGGGGAUCAAGGUGCACAGGACCGUGCAGCAGAGCGGGCAGUUCGUCGUCUGCUUCCCGGGCUCCUUUGUGUCCAAAGUGUGCUGCGGCUACAGCGUCUCCGAGACGGUGCACUUCGCCACCACCCAGUGGACCAGCAUGGGCUUCGAGACGGCCAAGGAAAUGAAGCGUCGCCAUAUAGCCAAGCCAUUCUCCAUGGAGAAGUUACUCUACCAGAUUGCACAAGCAGAGGCGAAAAAAGAAAACGGUCCAACCCUCAGUACCAUCUCAGCCCUUCUGGAUGAGCUCAGGGAUACGGAGCUGCGGCAGCGGAGGCAGCUGUUCGAGGCUGGCCUCCACUCCUCUGCCCGCUACGGCAGCCACGACAGCACUGGCGCUGUGGCAGAUGGGAAGAAAAAGCCUCGAAAGUGGCUGCCGUUGGAGACUUCAGAACGGAGGUGUCAGAUCUGCCAGCAUCUGUGCUACCUGUCCAUGGUUGUGCAGGAGAACGAAAACGUCGUGUUCUGCCUGGAGUGUGCGCUGCGCCACGUGGAGAAGCAGAAGUCCUGCCGGGGGCUGAAGCUGAUGUAUCGCUACGAUGAGGAACAGAUCAUCAGCCUGGUCAACCAGAUCUGCGGCAAGGUCUCUGGUAAGAACGGCAGCAUCGAGAACUGUCUCAGUAAACCCACACCAAAAAGAGGGCCCCGCAAGAGAGCGACGGUGGACGUGCCCCCUUCCCGACUUUCCUCCUCCGGUUCAUCCAAAAGUGCUUCGAGCUCGUCGUGAAGAUGCCAACACCCGUGGUCGAAUGAUUGAUAUAUAUUUUUUUGUAAUUAUUAUAUUCUAGUUUGGAGUACUUGCCGUAGGAUACAAGCUGUCUUUGCACUAGCUCUAAAGAAGAUUUUCUUCUGGUUUUAGAGAACUAAUUUUGUUUUAGCAUUAAACUGUUGAACUUUUUUUUGUACUUAGAAUACCUAGAUACUGCAGU